AUGGGUUAUCUAGUGGACUUUCAAAUAGUCCAAGGAGCUGAUGCUCAAAGGAAUGAAAAACUUGAGAAAGCAUUUGGAAAAUGUGCUGCUGCUUUGAUUCAAAUGAUCGAUUCUCUUCCUGAAAAGAACAAACAUCAUCCCUAUAGGUAUUAUUUUGACAACCUGUUUACACCACAAACAUUGUUGGUUUACCUGAAGCAACGAGGUUUUGGUGCAACUUGGACUAUUCGUGAUAAUCGUCUGUCUAAAGAGUGUCAUCUCAUACCGUCUAACACUACAUCCAAAAGGAAUAAGAGAGGAGAUUUUGAUUACAAGAGCAGCAAGGAAAGUGGAAUAAUCGUUGCCAGAUGGCUAGAUAGUUCUACAGUAACAAUUGCUUCCACAAGCCAUGGUAUCAGUCCAGUCAGCACCAGUGCCCGAUACUCUAGACAAGAGAAGAAUAUAAUACUUGUUCCUCGACCUAAUGUAAUUGGAGAAUACAACAAAAAUGUGGGAGGAACUGACCAAAUGGAUGAAAAUGUAGAGUUAUACAGAGGAAAGAAAUGGUGGUGGCCAAUUAUUACAUGGCUUCUAGAUACCUCCAUACAUAAUGGAUGGCUUCUUCAUAGAAAGACUGGUAUAAAUAUGUCUCAGCUGCACUUCUGGCGAUACAUUAUGAAAUGUUACCUGACUUCCAAUGCUGCUGUACCAAGAGGUCCUGGACGUCCUGCAGGUAAUUCAAACCAAGGUAGAGAGCUCAUUGAUAAUAGAUAUGGUGAAACAAAUCAUCUGGUACCCAUGGUGCCACAGAAAAAAGAAGACGCUGUGCGGCAGAAAAUUGCAAAGGAACCCCAAGAACAAUGUGCUGCAAAUGUGAUGUUGGUUUGUGCAUAG